AUGGAAAGUAAGACCUUUGUUGGAAGCAGUACGAACUCGUUGCAGCGAGUUGCCAAGGCCAUCGAAGAAGCAUUGCUAUCCAUUAUUGAAAAGCUGAAUGUUAAACCUGACAGAACCCUCACAACUGGUGAAGCAGCAGUAUUAAGGUUUGUGCGCAGUGUGGAUGCUGGCACAAAGGGCAGAGGGGCAUCCGAUUGCCAAGUCCGAAAUGAUAACAAGGUGGCUGUGACUGCUUGGUAUGACAAAAAGUUGGUACUAAUGGCUUCCAAUGAGUUCUCUAUUGAUGACGAAGAUAUAUGCCAGCGGUGGUCUAAGGCUACCAAUACCCAUGUUGGUGUAAAGAGGCCCCGUGUGGUAAGGGAGUACAACAGUGCCAUGGGGGGUGUGGAUGUUCAUGACCAAAUAGUCAGCUAUUACAGAAGCCCCAAUCGCACUAAGAAGUGGACUGUUAGGGUGGUAUUGCAUGUACUUGAUGUUGUAACUGCCAACUGUUGGCUGGAAUACAGAAAGGAUAUGGAGUCAAACCCAAACAAUAUCUAG